AGACUUCGGUCUCACGGCUGCAGCCAAGCAGCACUCGCAACCCAGCAGUGGAAAGCACUGGAAGGAAGAAGAAGGCACACGGAUCAGAUCCGUCACCAUGUCUCUGCGCACAUAUGUGUUAGCUGGCACCCUGUUGGCGCUGUCCGUAUGCCAGGCACAGAGUGGGGGCGUGAGGGAGGCCGGCUCCUCGACCAACCCACCCAAGACUCGUCUGCAGCCCUGGCUCAUCGGCCUGGCAGCCGUCGUGGGCUUCCUCUUCAUCGUCUUCGUGGUGCUUAUUGCCAAGAGGCUCAUAUCCGGGAGAGAGGAGGAUGAAGAAAAACAAGACCUGGAAAAUGCUAAAAAACAGGAUGAUGGUUCAUCGGAUGAGGAAGGUGAUGUCAAACAGACUGUCUUGUAAAGAUAUGGACCAAGGAAACAGCCUCUACAACCAUCUGAACAAGUGCCUACACACAUAUUAUCACUGUAAACCAGCCUGCUAUUUAUUAUUUUUGCUACAAUGGAAUUCAUUUCUUUAUUCAGCCUGUGGUGCAAUUAUACAGUAUGUAUGAAAUUUUCCAGUUGUACGGUGUAUGCAGUUGUAAUAGUAGACCGAUGGCCUACACUGCCCCAUGCAAGCUCCGUACACGAGAUUCACAUCAACCACUAGAUGGCGUGGUGCUGCAGAGCCUACAAAUGCAGACAUACUCCAACACCAUCACUUAAGCAUUGAAUCGUAAAGCUGGCACAGACAGACAUACAAUUUAAGAUGUUUCGUAUUCCCCCAAAGAUGGCUGCCAUGUAUGGACCAAAUUCCAAUGUCUGUGAGAAGGCUGAGGUGUCACUGAUGCAUUUAGCAUAGGUUUUAAUCCCAACCCACCAACCAUACAGUAGCCUACUAAAGAAAGAUGGUGUCCUAUAUGGUACCCAAGUGUUAUUCUCUACUCUGCAUGGCCACAAUUAACUUUUGAACCUAGAAAAGUUUGGGACAUAAGAUUCUCACUGAUUGCAAACCUUUGCCAAAUGAUGCAAAAUAUUUACAAUAUCAUAUGCUGUCAUUUGCUCAUAGGGUGAGUUUCUUUGGGCUUUGGCAAUUCUGCUGCAGCCAGAUGCAGAGAGUCUAGCAGAGCAAAGAAUGGGAAGUCUUGUUUUUGGACAACCACUCUCCCUUGGCAAAGCUUUGAAAACAACUAGAUACAUGUGACUGAUGUGGCUGGUACAGAUGCAGACUUGGUCUCAUAUGCAGAUGCAAAGCAGUUUCUCUGGUGUUUGUGGCAUCUUUUAUUUAGCACACGCAUGUUGCUUUACUCAAAAGGAUUGCACUAUCUAUUGACUAUUGAGCCAAAAUGUACUGGAUGGGGUCCAAAAUGAUAGCCACCUUUGAUGACUUUGAUCUCUGGAAUGAAGUUCUACCUGAUUUCAUGGCAUGAUGAUCUGUUUCUGCUCUUAUGUGCUCCUCACUAUCCAUCAUUAUAAGGUGACUUGGCAGAGCCAGUUGCAGAAUUGUUUAUUCAAUAUUAAUUCCUGAGAAAGAGGGCAGCAUUUUGUAAUACACAAUCAGUAAAUAAAUACAUAAACUCUA